AAACCGGAAGUGUGAGUGGCACACGAGGCGAAUUUCUCCUGCUCUUUGCUUCUGUUCCUGCUUCUAUGGCUUUUUUCUACUGCCUGGAUGGGAGAGAAUAAGAAAUAGAGAGAGAGAGAAAGAAAGGGAGUUUUCGGAGCCUGCUCCUCUUUGCAAAGUUUGCAGACUACAGUCAUUGGAAGAACAUACAAAUGUGCACACGCACUUUUCCAUUUGGCAUCAAGUCACUUCUGUUGUGUUUUAUCUGACCGGAAGCAGCAAACAUGGCUGCGUCUUCCCUGAUUUGCUCUGAAACUAUAAGCAGGGUGAGCUCCGUCCUCAACCGAGAGGUGAAGCAAUUUGGAAAGAAGUACAUGUUUGACGGAAAUGAGGAAACUAGUUGGAACUCAGACCAGGGUGCCAUCCAGUGGCUGACAAUGGAAUUUCCUCAGACUGUCCGGGCGUCUCAAAUUCAGAUUCAGUUCCAGGGGGGCUUUGCAAGCCGAAAAUGCAUUCUACAAGGUGGCCGGAAAGGAGAAAAUCUCUCCACUGUUGCUGAAGUCUACCCUGAAGAUAACAAUUCUCUCCAGAGUUUCCCAUUUGAAGCAGAACCACUGGAUAAACUUAAAAUUACUUUUCAAAACAGCUCGGAUUUCUUUGGGCGAAUUAUCGUCUACCAUCUCGACAUCCUUGGGCAGAAACUUUGAUAGAGAAGGAAGCAAAAGCUGAAGGACUUGUGAAUCCUGGAAGACUGGACUGCCAUCUUCAGAAAUGGUGUAGGGCAGAGGUUUUUAAACUUGGCAGCUGGCUGGAGAAUUCUGGGAGUUGAAGUCCACAAAUCUUAAAGCUGACAAGUUUGAAGACCUCUGGUGUAGGGUCUCCUGCUUGGACUAGAUGACCUACAAGGUCCCUUCCAACUCUGUUAAUCUGUUAAAUACCCGUCUGGGACUUCUAAGAUGGUGCGAACUAGAUUUGACGGAUUUCAGUUUGGUGCUUUGAUAGCAAAUGAACUUCCUUCCUUCCCGUUUUUCUGCUAUGUCAGGAGCACUUUGAACAGCUGGAAAGAAAACAGUUUCUCUCUUGGAUGUGCCAUUAGAGCUUUUGUUAAAGAAAAACUACAUUUUCCGUGCUGAAAGGAAAGGGCCUCUGGUUCUAACUUGAACAUCUGUGUCAGAACCUAGGCUUCCUGAUAUAGUAAAAAGCACACAAUUAGUCCCGAAAA